GUAGACAGAUGGCGUCGUUAUCUGAAACCCGAGUCCUCCGCUCCCGCAUUCUUUGGGGUAUGUGCAUUGGACUUUCACAGUUUCAAAGUGAGAUCUGAAGCGGACCGCACGAGACGCUGGUGUGUCUGGCGCUCUCACUCACCGACAUGUCUUACAAAAAGGAAUCGCUCAGCGACGUCCGCCUGCACGCAGCUGCACGCCAAGGAAAUGUGAUGGCCAUGCGACACUUGCUCGAUUCGGGAAAAGUUCACAUCGACUCGCACGACAAGGAAGGAACAACUCCUUUAAUGAUGGCCGCUGCCGCCGGUCACGUUGAAUGCUGUCGAGAGCUCAUUAGACAGGGUGCUGACCCCACUUUGCGCCGAAAGACGUCAGGAGCCAGUCCCUUAUUUUUGGCCGCCCAGGGAGGUUUCAACGAUAUCGUCAGUCUACUCCUCCGGGCUGGGGCUCCAGUGGAUGCUCAAUGCAAGGACGGCGGAACAGCUCUAAUGGUCGCUUCACAACAAGGCUACGCCGAUGUUUGCCUCGAGCUGAUAAGCACCGGUGCCGACGUCCACCUACAAAUGAAGGAUGGAGCUACUUCGCUGUUUCUGGCGGCCCAGAACGGACACGCCAAAAUCGUAGCUCUGCUCUUAUCCACUGCUGCAGAUAAAGACAGCUCCGCAUUAUUGGUCGAGGAGAUGAUCAAUAGCCGACGGUUGGACGGAGCCACGCCGUUAUGGAUGGCUGCACAAAUGGGCUUCGAUUAUGUGGUUCGGCUCUUGCUGAGAGCCGGAGCAAAUCCUAACAUCAUUAGAAACGAUGGAGUAUCGCCGCUUUUGAAAGCCAGCCAAAAGGGUCAUGUCGAUGCUGUUAGAGAGUUAUUGCAAUCUAAUCCGUCUUUGGGAUUGAGCCAGAAUGGAGACAGUCCACUUUACGCCGCUGUAUUGAGGAGAGACGUGCCAAUCGUUCGAAUUCUUUUAAGGGCCGGUGCCGAUGCACACUUACCGACCACUACUCGAUCGUUACUCAGUCCAAAAGCGCUGGCCGAGAAACUUCGUUUCUGGGAAAUAACACAAUUGUUUGACACAACGGAAUCGGCUAAAGGUUCCAGUUCGCCAUCGCCGACAAUGUAAAAAUCUAAUCUUGUUAUCUAUAAAUAAAACAAUUCCGAAAUUUUGAA